UCCCCUCCUCCCCCCUUUCCGUUUCGGCUGCCCUCGGAGGCUCGACCCCAAAGCUGUGUACGUGUGGAUUUGCUGCUUGUGUGUGAACCAGCACCGCGUGAAGGAGGCCCAAGCGGCUGGGACCGUGGUGCCCUUCGAGACCUUCCAGGACGACUUCUCUGCUCGAGUGAUCGGCAUCGGGCAGAUGGUCGCCAUGAUGUCUCCCUGGCGCGACCCGAAGUACCUUAAGCGCGUGUGGUGCGACUUCGAGAUGUACACCGCCACCACGAGCGAGGAGCCCGUGGACAUCAAGAUCGCCAUGCCGCCUGGGGAGGCCGAGGACUUCCGGAGCGCGCUGGUGGACGGGGGCGUGGCCGAGAUGUGGAGCGCGCUCGCCAAGGUCAAGAUCGAGGACGCGGAGGCCUCCGUUGCCGAGGACCGCCAGCAGAUCCUCGCUCUGAUCGAGAAGGGGCCUGGCUUCCACAGGCUCAACUCCACGGUGGCGGAGAAGGUGCAGGAGUGGCUCGUGCAGGCCUGCGAGGGCCACCUGCAGCAGCGGGCGGCCGACGGCGUCUCCAGGAGGAGCCUGGGCCUGGCGCGGCUCGGCGCGGGGGUCGGCGACCUCCUCGUGCAGGUGGGGCUGCCCGACCGCGCGCAGUGGGCGCUGGACACCGCGCUGCGCAUCCGCGAGGAGACGGACACGCUGUGUACUGCCGAAGGUGCGAGCUUGCUACGCACCCUUGGCGUCAAGGAGGCGCAGGGCGCCGCCGCGGUCGCCGACCCGCGGCUCCGGCAGGAGCGGCUGGAGUCCGCGCUCGGCCGGCUGCAGGAGGCCCGCAGGAUCCGCUGCGAGACAGGCACGGAAAACACACCGGACGGCGCCCGGUUGGAGAGCAACAUCGGCAACGUGAAGCUCAAGCUGAACGACGCGGCGGGCGCAGAACAGGCCUUCAGCGAGGCGCUGAGGAUCAGGGAGGAGACGGCGACGCUCCACACCAGCGAGGGAGCCCUGCUGGAGGUGAACCUGGGAAACGUGAAGCUGGCCAGGGAUCCCGAGGCGGCCCUGCAGCACUACGAGACCGCCCGCGACAUCUACGUGGAGCAGGGAACGCUCGCGACGCCCGACGGCGCGCGGGUGCUGUACAACAUAGGCAGGGCCUACGAGGAGGGGCCGAGGGACCACGACAGCGCCCUGCAGGCCUUCGAGGAGGCCCGCCGGAUCCUGGAGAAGACGGCCACCCUGCAGACAGCCGACGGCGUCAACGUCCUCGUGAACCUGGGCGCCGCGCACAAGAAGGCGGGCAACGCAGACGCCGCCCUGGGGGCCUUCGAGGACGCCAUGCGCAUCCGGGAGGCCCUGGGCACCGCCAGUGCCGAGGACGGCUUGCAGCUCGCCAGCGAGAUCCGUGCCCUUAAGGGGCCGACCGGGAGCCGGGAGAAGAGGAGGCAGGGCGCGGCCCCCUCGAGCCUGCAGCCGCCCCCCGGGGACGCCGGCGACGAGAGGCGGAGGCUCGGCAGGAGCCGGAGGGGAGAGGACGAGGCCGGGCUGACCCCCCCGAGCCUGCAGCCGCUCGCCGAGGGAGCCGCAGACGAGAGGAGGAGGCCCCUGAGGAGCAGGAGAGGCGAGGAGGAGGCCGGCCCGGCAUCCGCAAGGGGCCCGGCCGCGCCCGCCGAGGGCCCGCGCGCGCGCGCCGUGCGGGUCGCCGCCCGCGCGCGCG